AUGGUGUGUCACAUUUUAGUGGAGCGAUGGACUAAGAGCAGCACACCACUCCUUUGUUUGAUACAUUCUUUAAAUCCUAGGAAGAGCUCAAGCUACAAAGAAGGUGUUACUCAAAUGGGGGAUGUUGGAGGAGAUGGAUUUACUAGCAUGGGUGAAGAAGGUGUUGGGAUGCUUGAAAUUGCUAACCUUUCUCUUGAUGAACCAUCAUUGGAGGUUGCUUUAUUUAUCGGGGAAGACAUUACAAAAAUUGAAGUUGAUUGA